AUGGUUGCUCCCACCGUCACGCUGAACAGCGGAUUCGAAAUGCCCCUUGUGGGCUUCGGCCUGUGGAAGGUCAACAAUGACACUUGCGCGGACCAGAUCUACAAUGCCAUUAAGGCCGGCUACCGCUGCUUUGACGGCGCCUGCGACUACGGCAACGAGGUUGAGGCCGGACAGGGUGUGGCACGCGCAAUCAAAGACGGCCUGGUCAAGCGCGAGGAGCUGUUCAUCGUGUCGAAGCUGUGGAACAGCUUCCAUGAUGGCGACAAGGUCGAGCCGAUCUGCCGCAAGCAGCUCGCCGACUGGGGCGUGGACUACUUCGAUCUGUACAUCGUGCACUUCCCCAUCGCGCUCAAGUACGUUGACCCAGCGGUGCGCUACCCGCCAGGCUGGAUGUCCGCCGACGACAAGCUGGAGCUCAGCUCGGCCAGCAUCCGCGAGACCUGGACUGCCAUGGAGACGCUGGUCGACCAGAAGCUGGCCCGCAGCAUCGGCGUCAGCAACUUCAGCGCCCAGCUGCUGAUGGAUCUGCUGCGGUAUGCGCGUGUCCGCCCGGCUACCCUGCAGAUCGAGCACCACCCCUACCUGACCCAGAAGCGGCUGGUCGAGUAUGCGCAGAAGGAGGGCCUGACCGUCACGGCGUACUCGUCGUUCGGCCCGCUCAGCUUCCUCGAGCUGAACUUGAAGGAUGCGCAGGAUACGCCGUUGCUGUUUGAGCACGCCGCUAUCACUGCUAUUGCACAGAAGCACGGCCGCACCCCGGCGCAGGUGCUGCUGCGCUGGGCUACGCAGCGCAAGAUUGCCGUCAUUCCCAAGAGCAACAACCCGACUCGUCUGGCGCAGAACCUCCAGGUCACGGACUUUGAGCUGGACGCUGCCGAGAUUGACUCGAUCAGUGCUCUGGACAAGGGUCUGCGUUUCAAUGACCCCCUUGCUUACGGCCUCUAUGUCCCCAUUUUCUAG